AUGUCACGCAGAUCCACCACCUUCCACAAUGCUCGACUCUGCAAAGGCGGCGAGCUCGUUCGACAGACACUCGUCGUGUCCAAUGAGACCGGCAAGUUCGUCGAUGGCAGCGACGAUAACUACAUUGGCUCUGAUGCCAUUGACUGUGAAGGCGCCACUAUCGCGCCGGGCUUCACAGAGCUUCAGACGAAUGGAUGUCGUGGCUUUCACUUCACCCAUUUCCGGGACCAAGACAGCUAUACCCAGAAGCUGGACAAGGUAGCCGCCUACCUCCCAACGACGGGCGUGACAUCCUUCUACGCGACCAUUCCCACUGUUGCCAGCCAAGAGUUCAAGAAGGUCAGAAUGCGUCUCAGCCGCCAGAGUCAUAUAUACGACGCUCACGGAAGGCCGGUAGAUUCUUCCACAUUUGGCCCCUCGUGACAUACCGGGGGCUGCUUCCCUGCUUGGUGCUCACGCAGAAGGUCCCUAUCUGCACCCGAGCAAGAAAGGUGCCCAUAACGCUACACUGUUCCAAACAGCAUCAGUUUCGCCAAGCGAGGUAUAUGGAGAAAGUGCAGAGAAUGCCAACGUUCUCAAACUGGUCACAAUAGCACCCGAGCUCGAGGAUUCCCCAGGCCUUAUCAAACGCCUCACAAGCAGAGACAUUAGAGUCUCCUUGGGACACUCCAAUGCCAGCUAUACCCAGGGCUUGACAGCGCUGAAUGCGGGCGCCACAUGCCUCACUCACACCCUCAACGCCAUGGCUCCUCUACAUCAUCGAGAGCCUGGCCUCGCCGGCUUGGUCACAAUCGCUCCCACCAGCAUGCCCCAGAAUCCCUAUCUUAGCAUCAUUCCAGACGGACAUCAUCUCCACCCAUCCGUCGCCACAAUGCUGUUUCGCGCAAGUCCCUCGAGAUGCAUCUUUAUCACGGACAGUAUCGAGCUAGCAGGCCUCCCAGACGGUACAUAUCCCGGCCACGCCCAGAUCCCAGAUAAUCAAACGAAGGAAGGUAGUCGAGUAGUCAUCGAGGGCACUGAAACUCUGAUCGGUGGAUGCGCAUCGCUUCAAGAAUGUGUCCAGAACGUGAUCCGAUGGAGUGACUGUAGCAUCGCCGAAGCCGUUCGUUGCGUGUCCGAAAACAUAGCCAACUUGAUGGGCGAUCCUACUCGAGGCACACUAGAAGCUGGCAAGAGGGCAGAUUUCGUAUUAUUGGAUGACGAAGCCAACGUUCUCCAGACAUGGAUAGCCGGAAAGAAAGUAUACAACAGUGGGUAA